AUGAACGAGCAGGACGAAUCAGAGUCAAGUAGUAAUGGUGUAGUCAGAAUCAGUGGGGUCAGUGGUGUUUCGGAUACGAAAGCCGAUGAAGAAGAACUGUAUCGUUUGAAGAUAGUCGCACUCCAGGAAUGUUACAACUCCGUUCAACUGCAAACGUUUCGUCUUCGUGAGCGUAUCUAUAACGUCAGGAAGCAAUGUCGUCGUUUGGAAGGAAUGAAACGUGCUGCCCUGAACCUGCUUCGUUACCACACAGGCACUUACGACAUUCCACCUCUAGAGAUUGUAGAUGAGGAUCCGGUACCAUCAUUCUUAGAGUCGCUUCAGAAGCAGCAGCUUGUCACACCUGAGGCUCCUCGUAAAAAAUCGAAGAGGGGUGAUAUGCCGAAAAGUUCGAUUCGCUGUUUAAAUCGUGAUACAUCAAUAAACAAUGAUGAUAUUCCGAGGAAAGGACGGAAUUCAGUUCAUGUAGAUUUCGGAAACUUUGACGACAGAAGAUUAAAGAUAAACGAGGGGAACAAUGACUUGGAGGAAUUUGACGGUGAAGACAAUCGAUUGAACGUUCCAGCAAUACAGCUCAGUGCUGAUUCCCAGAUGACUAAUAUGGGGGACGAAGAGCAAGGAGUAAAAGCAGUCACCUCCUUUAACAACACUGAACUCAACCGUUCUCAUGAUUCUGUCUUCGAUCAGAACCGUAAUACAAACCACCCAGUGGUUAAUGAUGAUGGAGAGAAGAGCAGCCAACAGAUAAGUUAUCAUGACAUGGAAACAUCACUCUACAAUGGGGUGUUAGAAUAUGGAGGCAACGUUCAACAGGUACAAGGCGUUAGUUUUGGUGCGGAUUUGGUGAAUAACCCGUUCAAUACUUCUUCGGAUUCAGUUCAACCAUUGAACUAUGACACACCGACUUCCAUGGUAGAAAGCAACAUUUACUUUGCAAGCGAUAGCCAGCUUCUUGUGAGCUGUGGUUCAGUCCAUGAAGUGGUGGAAAAUGCAGCUAUAUAUACGAAUGCAGUGAAUUGCCAAAAUUCGUUUGUUUCUGUAAAAACAAAGUACAGCGAAAACACAAAUCCGUUGAAUUUGUUUGAUUACGCAGCUGUUCUGAAUGCUCUGCAGGCAAUGAACGAUACAACUUCAACUGGACCUGAGUCGAAUUAUCCAGCGAAUCCUGACACGCCGUUGAGUUACAGAGUUGACGUUGUGACAACACAACCAGAAAUUGCUAGCGCUAAUGAAUCAGUGUCAUCGGAACUUGGUCCUGUGAAAUGCGAAAAUGUUGAACAACCGAAAACAGAGACGCCGUUGCCUAUUACGAAGCAGCCAGAAGGUGUACAGGUCAGAGCUGAAAAGCAGGAAAUGCAGAAGUCAACAAAUAACGAUAACUUGUCCAAUCAUUCUCCUCCAAAUUUUAUUCCGUAUAGGAUGAUCACUGUCGAGAAUCCGAAACCCGUCGAAAUAAUCAUGGUUGAUCCGUCAGGAGGUGAAGUCCCUCCGUCAAAGCAACUUCCUGCAAGACGUCGUCGUAAGUACAAAUAUGUGGUGGAAAGCGUACUUGACAACGUCCCGUAUACAUUUCGUCAGGCAGAGUCGGAUGAUGAUGAAUCUAACGACAAAAAUUCUUCUACAAACACGAAGACGACACCAAACUUGAACUAA